AUGGAUAAGUAUAUUACCAAGAUUCCAAUAAGUACCAGCGAUUCUAAAAGUGUCAUCUCAGUAGAAUACGAUUUUACAAUACUAGACCCAGGAAUCGAGUUUGAGGAUACUCACAACUUCCCGAAUGGAACAGGUAGUUUCAACGCUCUUAAGACAAUUGUAUCUUCCAAACAUAACCGUCUGCUAGAGCACCCACUACCUGCUAAACUUCUCGAUACAAAAUGGUCCAGAUUUGGUCGUCAUGUUUAUUGGAGCAACUUAGCCGUUUAUAUUUCCUUUGUCUUUGCAUUUAGCGUCUAUGUUAUAGAAGUAACAAGAUACAAGCAAAGCUUAUUUCCAGAGGUUAAAUUCAUAGGCUUUGAAAGAAAUAGUUCAGUAAGCACAGUUAAGCCAUCUACAAUUCCAUCCACUGUCAAUCAUACUACUCAUAAUCCAAUCAACACCACAACGAUUGAUGUGGUCUUACAAGAAAAGAUACCAUUGCUAAUUUUCCUUCGAAUGUGGAUCGGUAUAUUUUCGGGAAUCAACAUAUUACGAGAGAUCUUUCAACUUUACCAAGAGCGUCUUAAUUAUUAUUUAAACCGAGAAAAUUACGUGGAACUCGCAUUGCACAUCAUAGUCCUCCUAUUUAUUACCAAUUCUAACCUUAAUGGAUAUUUUUGGUGUAUCGGAAGCUUAGCUAUUCAACUCUCUUUCAUGGAUUUAGUUUUAUUUUUAAGAAAGCUUCCGUAUAUUGGGAAAUAUGUAGUUAUGAUGCGAUCUGUAGCUAUUACUGCUUUAAAGGUUACUAUCAUUGCUGUCAUUCUGAUGGUAGGGUUCGCUAUUAGCUUUGGUAUGCUUUGUAAUCAACAGGCGGCUUUCCACACUUUCGGAUUAUCAUUUACUAAAGUUGUCGAUAUGACGGUUGGAGAAAUCGACUACGAUACGUUAUUAUCCGGUAUAAGUACUGGUGUCAUAACUUAUCCGAACAGCUACGUGCUAAUUCUCGUUCUAAUGGUCUUCAUUUUCUUAAUGCCUAUCCUAAUUAUAAAUUUAAUGAUUGGCUUAGCCGUUGACGACAUUGCUGAAAUAGAGAAGGCGGCUGCUCUUCAACGGUUAGCCGAUUUAACCGAAUUCUUCUAUAAUAUCGAAAGAGCAGUACCUACCUACUUUCGGCGAUUUUUUGCCUUAGAUAAAAUCACUUGUAUGGAAACUAAAAGAAACGGUAAUAUGAUUAAAGAGGAUAAGAAGGAUUUGAUACAAGAUCGCAUUAAUUUCAUUCGAGACAUAAAUGACAAGCUGGAAUCACAAGAUUUAAAGUAA